AUGACUAAUUACCUUUCCAAGGCAAAGUCUCAGCCCAGAAAACGAAGGAGGGAGGCCAUUUCGGACCGGAGGACCAGUACUCAAGCAGCUUCCGGCUCACGUAGGUAUCAAUUCCUGCGAGAAAUCUGGCCGCGUCCAACGUGGCGAUGUAGGUCGCUCCUGAAUGGCACCAGCGAGUACUCACACCUUAGGGAGUAAAGGAGAAGUUUACGCAUAGUCUGGGGGUCUUAUUUUAAAUAGUCCUCCGCAGUUUCCUGCCUUUGUUAUUUCUGAGUAUCUUCGGUACUCGUAAAGGUACGUCACAGUGUAAACGUUUUAGUAGAUGUGCUAAAUCAUGAAAAGUUAACCGAAUUUCUACUGACCUUUUUCGACUCAAAAAUAUUACUUAUGUAGGGUUUUAAUAGUAAUUCCCGUGUGGCAUAAUCCUAAGGUAUUUCAGUUACUUCGGCAUGUCGGCUUUUUAACUUACUUUCCGGCUGCCUGCAAAAAUGACUUCCGGUUUUCGAUGGCCUUAUAAAUUCACAUACAUCUCAUAGAAACAUGCAAAAAAAUAUUUAUUGUUCUGAUCAUUUGCAAGAAGAUGAAGUCUUCUUCAGAUUGGUAUUUUUAGGAAAGUUUCUAAUAAUGGGAUUUUGUAAUAUGUAAAAAUCCGUUCGGAAAACAGCGUGUCGCUGCAUUUGCUAAAUUUGCUUGUAACAUUUACAAUUUGGCUCAAGACCACCGGUAAAUUUAAUAAACCCAAUAUGGUCUCCUCUUGAUAACGUAAAGAAAUGCAUAAUUUCCCGCACACGGAGAAUAUGCAACUUGUAGUUUAGAAAUUCUGAAUGCAGGUUUUACGGCACGUCAGUUUCGAAAUUAUCCGGAGCUUUGAAAAGUUUUUCCAAACAAAGUGAUAACCUUCUUUCAGGCAUAAAACUUGAGGAAAACGUAAUUUUCUUCCAAAGGUACAGAAGACUAAAUGUUUCCAUGCAUGAGGUGCAUGUGAAUUUAUAAAGCCGAGGAAAUCAGGGAAAUACAUUCACACUAAAUACGUAGAUAUUUUUACUGAGUGUAGGUGUUUCAGGCAGGCGAAUAGAGGAUUAUUCAAAAGCCAGCAUCUCAAGUAACGGGAAUAUCUUAGGAUUUUGCUACACAGUAAUUAAUAUAACAACCCUAUUCAAGAAAUCACUUCGCGUUGAAAACAUCCAUCAAAAUCUCGGUUAACAUUUCAUCAGUUAGCACAUCUGUGGUACAUUUGCAUUAAUCGGAAUCAUUCAUAUUUUCUCAUCCUUGGUUUUUUAAAAGAAAAUCGACCUGCAAAAUUGGCUAUCUUAGGGAGAAGUGGAGAACUGUUUGAUUUUAGGGACCCCAUUAAUAGAAGCGAAAAGACGAGUCCCAGGAAGCAGUCUUGAAGAAGGAGACACGAUCGCUGAGACAAAAGCUUUAUUAGCUUGACGUUUUAGAUUCCUGCUCGAACCCAUUAUCAGAGACCCGUACCUGUUUUUGUCUCUGAUGAUGGCUUCGGGCAGGUAUCCGAAUCGCCAGGUUAAUAAAGCUCCUGUCCCAGCGAUCGUGUCUCCUUCUUCAAGAACCCAUUAAUAUUGUUUCGUGAUUUUUGGGUACACACGUUGCUUACAGCACUUUGAAACAUCCACAUUUGUUGUGCACCCAAAAACCGUUUCGAAUUGCAGAAGGUCUAUCACUGACCAGAGAAUCAUGUUGGAAUUGUACUUGCAUGAUAGUAUGACUGUUUUUUCGAGCCAGGAAAUUUGUCUUCCACCUAGCGGACUCGGUGGAUGUCUCUGCAUCGUCCGCCUGUCAUUCAGAUCUCAUUCGCAAAUCCGCAAAUCCUGUACUUCACUCAGCCGCCGCACAGCAGCGACCAAUUUGACUGGCAGGCUAAACAAGAUGAAUGCUUCCGGUAACUCCUUCCGUACUCGCACUCUUUCGACUCUCACACACAAAAAUCCGGAAAACUCUGCGAACAAAGCCCAAAGCUUCACAAAAUCUCAUGAACGCUGUACCAUCUUUGUGCACGACACCUUCUUCUAAAAGUCGAAUCUCACUAUUGUGAACUGUUUCCAGGAACUUUUCUUUUUAAUGUCUUGACGGCAGAAACAAUUUGGUCUCUUCCUCCCUUGAUUUCACUGGAGGAUAGAACAAACUAUUCGAUUCCCGUUAAGCGAUUCAGUGAUCAGAAAGGAAGACCGCAUUGUUGACAGGCGAACUUGCGGGAUACAAGCUGGGCUGACGAACUAUGACGAUUGGGGAGUUUUCAUUAAAAGAAAAGUUAAUUGCCUGAUGUGGGCGAACCUUGGAUCCUUGAUUACGUAUCGGUUGCUUGAAAGUGUGGGCUACAGACGAAGCAAUUGUAAGUUCUCCGAAUAAUUACACCGUCUUAUUACUGAGCAAGAGUGGUUUGUACGAAAGGGGUUUCCAACAAAUAUAGCAGGGCCUGGAUGACUGUUUCUGGCUUAUUGCACGUCGUCAGCCAAGCCUAUCCAACUUCAGACUUGCAAAGUCUGGGAGUCGAACCCUCCCAGUUCUUCUGUUUUCUAACGUUGUUCAAUCCAACGCUGUACCACUGAAUCACGGAUCCGUUAUCCUAUCGGUUUCGAUGCGGAAUAUUAAGUGUUGUAAAAUUCUACUGGUCAAUCUGGUCACGAGACAUGCCUGUUUCGUUGUGUCGUACGGAUCAAUGCAGAGCCCUCAUAGGCUGUCGCUCAUCAACCAGCACAUAAUUCAGAAUAUGAGUACAGACAAACUAUUAAAACUAUCAAACGUACUUUGUCAGACGCACCCGCUUAUUUACGAACUCCAAAGGGGGCCGAUUCAAACAACUAACAAAUACGACAUAGCAGCAUUAAAAGAUUAGAUAUCGCGUUUUGUAAUCGACCUGUGAUAGCUCCUAGCAGAUAAUUAGUUGGGAUGCGGCUUCUCUCCCGUACACACAGGAAAGUAACAUUAGAAGCUACUCGUCCUUUCGCCGAUGUAAGUAUUCAACUAGAUGUGCGGUCAAGUUCACUCGCCAAGCAUAGGCAACUGGACGUAUUAGUGCUUGUCUUGGUACACUCGCCCCUUCAGUGGACGUCCUACGAAGGGCCAGCCAGACGCUGAAGUCGACUUUGUCAGGCCAGAUAGAUUUUCCGUUUUUUCCCAAGGCGACAACAAUGCCUCCCCUCCGCAGAUCCAAGUUCGCUUCGCACUCCCCACUCCUCUGAAUGACAUGUCCCAGCGAUGUGAGGACGACCCGUGCGUCCCCCUCACAGCUGUGCCGGACGCGGACAACGCAAUUACCCCUGGCGGCUAUAAUGACCGCGUAGAUGCUGCCCCCGUCACGGGAGAGGGUAUGUUUGGUCUCCACUAGGUCAAAAUAUUUGUUGACAACGACGACAACCUCCUCUUCAUGCAGCCAUGCACGAAAUGAAUUCUCUCAUGAUCAUUCCGAUGUUGACAAGAAGGAAAAGUGGACAUGCUCUAGACGACGUCAUUAUCAACUGCAGGAUUGUGUUUUCUUCAGAAUGCGAGGUUGGAUUGGCGGACUUUGCGGAGUAUAUAGAUGUGCUGUUAAUUUUUUUAGUUUAUUUCUGCGUCACUACAUUCCUACUGAAGUGAUUCCAUAUGAUAUUUGUUUGAACUAUGCUGUCCAACCUUAUAUUUGUUUGCCUAGAUGUUUAUUUCGUAUCUUCAUGUGAAGGACUAUUCCCCAUCAAAGUGGUUUUAAAACAGAAGUGCGCCCGACAAGAGAGUCGGAACCAAUCAUAAACGUUGCAACCAACAACGCCGUAGUGAUGAGACGUAAAGCGUGUCUUCGUUAAAUUCAAGUGUCACAUCAAGUCAAACACUGCAAUUUGUUAAUUUUCCCAGUCAAACCAAUACAGUCGAAGGUAACUAUGGAAAAAGAAAGUAUGACAUCGUGUUUCUUUUCAGUUCGUCAGAGUAAGUAUUUUUCUCGCCAUUAUUUUUACUAAAACGAUUGAACUUUAUAUCAAAAUCUCUUCCGGACAUUAUUUGAGUAAAUGAGUUAAAAUAUGAAUGAAAUUCACACCUAAAAGCAAUUUCUAUGUUCCUUACGUCGUUCCACUGCUCACCAGCUGUAAUAAUCGUGCUCCAGGAAGUAAACUCACAGACACAGACCAAUUCGCUGAUUACCAAGACGAAUAAUGUCGAAGAAUAGGCAGAUCAGGGUAAAAUGAAAAACAUCCUCGUGCGCAUUAAAACCUUCCACCCCCUCUUACCCACCUGAAAUACGUUGUCCCCUAACUCAGGUCGAACGACCGUAAUGACAGAGAUUUCGAAGCACUGUACUGAACGUUUCGGCCUCAUCAUCAUUUGACCACCUGCAGACUGAGCGGAAAUCGCCAAAGGGUUCCCUCGAACGGAAGCUAACUCCAGCCUCGAUCGUCUAGUCGGUGGGCAGGAGAACUCUUGAGUGGUGUAACGAACGUCAAGUGGAGAGACUCUGAGGGCUGACUGACCACGAAAACGCAGAACUCAAUAUCCUCAUCGCUCACCAGGUUUUGGACUUUACGGCGAGGAAGCAAAACGAUGCUACCACACUUUCGCUCGUACCACUGACGAACUAAAACCUUAUUGCCUGUCAGGAUACAACACCAAGUCCAUACGUUGAUGGAAGAGGCGAUGUGCGGUGUGGGAACACUGUCAUGUUGAAACCGCAAUUCCAGACCCACUAUGGGCAUCAUUAAUGUGGGUAGGCAUGAAAUCAGCCAUGAAAAAUAGUAGUUCGCAUGGUGGACUAUGCGUUACGUUUGCAGCAGUCACAUGAACAAAAGACGGCAUUGAUAGAGGAUGUAAGGUGCGGUUGGGUGUCAUGCACUCAGCCGAGUUGGAAGUUUAUUAAUCUUCAGAGCAAAGGCACCAUAAUCACGUAGGUUGGCAGUGCCGAAUAAAAGCGAUUUGAAAAAGUUCAGUGCGGACAAUUGAAUCGACGCGAAUAAGAUCACAGUUUUCUGAUGCUGAUAUCAAAUGCAGUGGAAGGUGGUGGGACCAUUAGGUAUCUGACUGUUGGUGCGGAAGUGAAGACGUUUGUUCCCAUAAAUUACUGUAGAGUUUUCAAACCAGCAAACUACGAUAGUCAGUUGAGAAGACACAACUAAGAGCUGCUGUAUCGUACAAUAAAAGGAGGUCAGCAUAGGGGCCUUUAUAUUACGUUCUCUCUGCAGAAGUGUAGUGUCGGCACGACAGAUGUCCAAUAGAAGGCCUUUGAGCGGCGGUCAGAUUCCAAUGAAGUCAAAAACCAGUGACCCUCAGAUUCUGAACAUUCUAACCUCGGUAGUCUAGAGGAUUGGAGAGAAAGACAAAUUCCGCAAAAACACAAGAACACCAAGAAUGUCCACCUCUAAAAGUCAGAAGAAACCCCUCAAUUACGUGACAAUUAUUCCAGAAUCACCCACCUCUACAUUUCACGGUACAUAUUUGCCACCGUUCUUUCCGACUGCUUUGAUACGCAUCCAAUACAGGCACCCCUUUCGCAAACACAGCGGACUGACACAUAUUACCCGCGUAACAUAGCAAUUGCGAGCAACAGUAUAGCCAAAAACGACCAGUCGUGGCAUCAUCACCUUUGUUAACCUGAGUGGUGUCAAAAACCGAAAAUCGAGACUGCCACUGAAAGCGGAUUGUGUACUCACUCCCUGACUCUGCAGGUUUAGGAUAUUUCUCGGUUUUAUGGUUACGCAGCUGAGGAGCUGCCUUGAAUUAAUGUCAACAAUCGAAUCGAUUCUCCCAGGACAUUGAGGUAGCCCACGGACCUAUUCGUUCAUAAGUGCAGGGGGUGAAGCCUAAGUCUAAAUGACACGUUUGCUUGGUUAUACACACUUACUAUCGGCAAAAUUCUUAAAACCACUCAAGAGAAAAUCUUAUAAAACAAUUUUCCAAUGUCUUAGCAACUUCUCAACUACCGCAUAUGAGCAUAUUGUCGUUCAGUUAUGUGAAAUUUGUGUGAUUUUAAUGACUUGUACGCAAGAAUUGAGACAUUUCCAUCGACUCUCGUCCAAAUGUAAAAGCUUGACUGACGGGGAAAGAUUGCUUAAUACAAAAGUGAAGCAAUGAUAUUUGGCCAAAAAUAUUUUAUAUCAUUACUGCCGCUGAUAAAAUACGAAAUGUGCUCGAGUUUUCAUGAGACAGGAUCAAGAGGACAAAAAGACUUGCUGGAGAAAUACGGACGAUAUCAAAAUAUUUUGACAGUUCGAGAUAGUUGACGGAAAUAAAUUGUCCAUGGACUGUUACAGAAGCCUUGAGUGUUCGGCAUUCGAUCCAAAUCUGGACAAUGCCCGGCGGCUUUCUGAUGUGGUUGGUAAUUGCUGUUGUUGCAGCACUGCCUUGACAACAGUAGGUAAUUAGCAUACGACAGUUUUUUUUUAGUGGACAUUGCAUAACAGCUUCGGUCGCACGCUGUCUAUCUGAGACAGUAGGGCAUCAAACUCCUACUUCUGGUUGUCUGGAAGAGAAGAGUAGGCCUGACUUCUGAAAAGCUUGUAGUGUAUUAUAUGAAUGGCUAAUAUGUUGCACCAUUUUGUCGACAGGUUGACAAUUUUUGAUUCUGAGCGAAACGACUGAGUCAAGCGACGGCCCACCCUGAGACGAGUCCGUUGCCAUUAUUAAUAAACGGCUCUUUCUUCUAAACGCCAAGUCAUUCGUAUGAGGUCCUUCACAGGCCUAGGCAGAGUACCGGGACAAAUGCGCUCAGGAAAUAUUCGUGACGCGUCCGCAAACCGAUCAGCAGACCCCGGGAGUUUCUGUCAUAAGCUACAAGUCUGCGGAUUUGCGAGGUAUUUGAUAGCGUGAAAAGGGCCUCCACCCAAUGAGGAUACGGGGUAUACUGGCUCCGUUACGCCUUGGGCAUGAUUAGAUCGCUCAGUAUUUCUGCAGGUAGAGCCUGCUAUUUAGCUCGUCGUGAUGUCUAAAUGGAAAAUCUCAUUUUCUGGCUAGCUGAUGCUCACAAAAUAUAAAACAGAUUUCUGAGAGGCAGACAUCUGACGGUCUUGUCAUUGCUGCCGUUUGUGCUGAACAAUUUGAAGCCAUGCUUUCAAAACUGGAGAAAAAACACAAAACAUCAUCUCCCCAUCCCAGAUUUGGCGCCAAUGUGUCAUCGCACAGUCAGAUGGGCGGGUUCAUGGACUGAUGGACAUAACAUUUGAGGCUGGCAAUUAACUUGGGACAGAAAGUAUAUCUGUGGGGGUAUUAUUCAUUUACUCUUCGCCCGUGGAUUGCAAAGGAAGGAACGAAUGGACUGUGCCAGUAUGUUGCAGACACAAGCAAAGAGGUAGAUUUUCACGAAUGGAGACGAAAUUCUGGGUAGUAGGUGAGCGUAUGAGUAGGGAGGGAUUAAAGUGAUCGGGCUCCGGCAAAAUUUGUUUACUCUUAACAAGCAUUCGAACUGUUGUAGGAGUCCAUUACCCGAGGUAACGCAGAAAGUUAUGCGUUCUAGGGUUUAAUAUCUUCUCGGCUUUUGUUGCAUUGGAUGUGGCAAUUGGCAUGGCGGUAGCAAAGUUGAACUCGUGAUCUGAUUUGGAGCUGUGGCAGCCACUUGGUUUUUGUCAGCCCGCUGUUUAGCCUGUACAAGUGUAAGCAAAGUCAGUGCGCGAGCCGAAAUGCGCUCAAUCUGAUCUGUUUACUAAAUAGGACAGAUCGAGUGUCCUGCAUUCCGCCUGAGUUUCAUUUUCAUAUAAAGCUAAUUACUUACAACAUUUUUAAAAACGUUUUAAUUUGUGAGACUUGUUAAUACCGUUCAUGAAACUUCCCACACAUUUACCAGUGUGUCUUGUAAAGUUAACAAUACGGAUCAAUUCCAAUGCCAAAUUUUAUGAAUCCCAUAUAGUCUCCUCAUAGUACCGUAGAGAAAUGUGUGGUUUUCCUUCAGCAAAAAAUACAUGGCUUGUAGUUUGAAAACCCUGAAUGCAAGUCUGACGGCAGAACGGGUUCAAAAUUAUUCGGGAAUUGGAAAAGUUUUUAAAAAUCGAAUCAUGUCCCUCCAUCUACUAUAACAUCGAAAGAAAACGUAAUUUUCUACCGAAUGAGUGGAAUAAUUAAUAUUUUAUGCAUGUUUUCCAUGACCUAUGACUGAAUGUUUAAGGGCAUCGAAAAUCCAUGAGAAAACUGCAUGCUACUUAUGCAGUCAUUUUCACAGAGUAUGGUUUUUCCAUGCUGCCGGAAAGAAGUUCGUUCGAAAGUCAGCAUAUUAAUGUAACUGAAUUAUUAUAGAAUUAUACUGCAGACUGAUUAGUUUUACAAUACUAUUUAAUUAAUCUUUUCGGAUCGAAAGCGCAUUUCGAAAUUUCGGUUGACAUUUCAUGAGUUAGCCCACCUACCAUAUCUACCCACCGGCCUGAUUGAGAUAACGGGGAGUGUGCAAGCAGGUCUCUAAGCACGCUUAGGUAAGUGCCUGUAAAUCUGAUACCUAAGGUAACCAAGGCCGGCGUAUAACCACUUCGCCCGACGAACAGUUACUCGAAGGGGAAAACGUCGACCGUGAAAAUCAAUGGUUCGGACGAUUUUUAUCUUUCUAAGAGGUCAAUUUUGAAAUUCUCAUUCCACAAAUAUGGUCUUGUCUCAAUAAUAUUGACGUUUUUCUACCACAAGCAAAGUAGAGUUCCCCUGAUUUAAAAAACAAAACCUUAUUUUUUCGAAAACAUGGAGGCGAAAUAUUUCAACGCGUAUGGGAGCAAAUAGUUCAAGACUUAUUAGUUUUAAAUACCUUCUCAGAUAAUCUUUCCGUAACGAAAAGGCAUUUCAAUUUUAGUAGACGUUUCAUGACGUUUCAUGCUAAACUGCAGACAGCUCACACAACUGGGUAAAAGAUGAGUAGUACGCAUGCCGCUUCAACGACUUCUAGACGUAUUUCUUGCUAAAUACGAAAGCCUCCUGUGAACGUAUUAAUACCGCGAUACAAGCCGUGUUCACGUCUCUCAUUCAGCCAAGUUAACCUUACUAGAGAUAUCUGGGAAAUAUGAAGGGCUCACCGGAUCAGUGGAAUUGAAUGGCUGAAGUUUCGGAGGGCUUGGCCGGCAUUGCAUUAUCAAGACGUUUUGCGAAAAAUCGACUAGAAUUUUGUGCAAAUUGCCGAAUCAGUUUGCCAUGUGGAUUUUUAUAUUGCGUCUUAUCUGCAAGAGUCCAUUAUGCCAGCGCAAAUUAUUCCAGCGUCGGCCCGAUUCCGUCGAAGCCAAAAACAGAGAUCCACAGACUCGGGACGUCUAACCUCUAUAGGCUAGGGGACUAGAGAGGGGAACAAACUCCUUAAUAGCACGAGAACGCCAAGACUGUCCACCUCCACAAGUGAGAAUAAACCCCUCACAGAAUUCCCCUCCUUAUAAUCCCAGGGUAGAUAAGUGCCACUGUUCUUUUCAUCUGCUUUAAUACAUAGCCAACACAGACACUUCUUUUGGGCCAGCAUAUAUGACCUGCAUAACCGAGCAAUUGCAAGCAACAGGCCAAGGAGAAACGACCAGUCUUGGCAUUACACUUUGUUAGCCGUGGGUGGCACCAGAAACCGAGAAUAGAGACGGCCGCUGAAAAGGUGUUGUAAAGUUUUAAUGUUCGGAGCAAUGUGGACUGAUUGUUCGCCACCUAGGCCUAAUGGCUGUUGUCUGUGCAUGCAGACGUCCUCCUGCGCUAUAUGUUGUCAUUUCAAUGGGGCUCGGUUGCACAUUUGUUCCCAUUGCAGGAAAAUUGGCCGACGGACUGUAUUUUCUCGGUAUUUUUUAAGCUCCACGUGAGUGCCUUGUUCUGACCAUGGCGUAGAUAUUGACAUAGAACCACAUAGGCCAAAGGAAGGUCUAGAUGCCUGUUGAUGGAGUUGGCAUCUAAACGCCAAGCCUCAAAAGUGAGACGUUCUCUCCUUGAGGUGCCCCGGCUUGAGAGGAUUGUCCCUUGGAAUCCAAAACUUUGUCCAGUUUCCCCGAUGCGAGUCACAGUCUGUGAGUUCGAGUUCCCUGUUUGUGCUCGUGUAGGCGGAUCUGCGAUUUCCGCCCAGUUUCCUCAACUUUGUUGCAGUCUUCAACGUUACAGGAUAUUUGAUAGACAACUGCUGAGAUUUCAAUGGGUGGCAGUGUGUCUUUGGGUUAAAUCAAACGGCGACCAAUUGUUUCCUGGGCUGGAUGCGCUAUACCCACUCUGGCGGCUUAUUAACAUUCGUGAAAAGAUAAUAUUUCCAUCCAGGGAAGGCCAGACAGAGUUUUUUGCCAACAAAGUUUCUGAUUACUUUUCAGUUUUAUUUUCCUUAGUAUUCACUGGCACUCGGAUGUACUUCGUUUCUUCGCACGCAUGCUCCAUAGUUCAUAUCCCGUGUUUGAGCAAUAAAUCAAAUUUAACAGAAUCACAUUUUUAGAAAAUUAUCAAAUUUGCCCCUUGACAAGACUGAAAUUGCUAAUAUUGGCGCGUGUCAUGGCAUCGACUUAAAAGCAUAUAUACAUCCCAACGGUUAUUCAUUGACAAGGUAGAUUCCUACUUAGCAUUUAUGAAGAUCAGGGUGAGUUUAACCCAUUAAUUAGGAGUUUAUCGUAGUCUCUCGCUAACAAAUCGAGUGAACAGCCUGUCCUCUUGUUCACCCGUGCACAAUUGCGUUUGGAUCACGGUAAUAAGCCAGGUGUCUUAGAGAGUACUAGACAAAAUUCAUCCAAAAAUAGUGUCAUCUUACGGAUCAACGGAAAGUGGAGCAGAAAUUGUGUUGUAGGCUCUCGUUCAACCGUAAAUACUUAAUGAAAGGGAAAAGCCACUUCAUGAAACUGUGACGUAAGGUUACUUCGCAGAGGAAAAUUUCACAUUUUCACUGCGGCCAACGAAAUAAGAGUUAUGUUUUAAUGUGGGGCUUUAAUAUGACAGGAUUAAUGGAGCAAGUGAGACUAAUGGAUCGUGCUCCUGAGGUACUUGCUUAUUUUUUGUAAGCAUUUAAGUUCGUGCAGGAUAAUUUGCCACCCCAGACCACCUCAAUGUGCAUCUAUUCCUUCACUUGCUCUUGUGGAACAGGCCAUAUUGGUCGCACGAGUCUUCGUUUAUCCAAGAGACUACGGGAACUCCUCGCGGCAUGGCUAGGAAAAGACGAAACCAGGAGCAUAAGCAGCGCCAUCCUCGCGCAUGUUAUUGAUUCCGGACAUUGUGUAGAUCCCAACGAAGCUUUUCUUGUGAUUUAUAGGGCCCCCUCGGGCUAUACUAAACUACUAAGCCAGCACCUGUUAGUAAUAGCAGAGGCGGCCGCCAUCAGAUUACGAAAACCAAUUUUUUGCACACAGAAGAACCACUUCCAGGCUCCGCACCUACAGUGGUUGAAGGUCGACUAACACUGCAACUCUCCCCGCGCCCCACCGCUCUCACCCCGCCCCUGACACUGACUGUUAUUACCCCUCUCCCACAUUCCCGCACCCGGUCUGUGCUUUAAUGCGAACUUCAAUCGAUUUCUCUUAUCAAUGACAAGUUUUUACUUCUGUCCCGUUCCCGACGAGAGUUUAUCGAAGGCUACGUAUGCUCGCCACCCAGUCUUUUGAUUACUGCUAUGGGAAUUUUCGAAACUCUUAGACAGGAUUUCAUUGUUAGAAAUAACAGCAGGUAGUUAUGGGGAACAUAAACUAAUCAACGACCUUUGUCCGGAGGUGACUGUGCGGGGUUCUGCAUACUGGCGUCAGUUUGUUGCGUGGAUUAACUGAGUUCUUAUCCGAGGCCCAGGCUUCAACCUCUUCUUGGCUUUUCUAGCAUCUGACAUGCGCCAUUGGCUUGGUGAUCGAAAAGUCGAACUCUGAUUCGUUUUGGGGCGUGAGCAGCGGCUUGGGAAUUGUCAACUCGCUGCGCAUUUUGCUUCUGUUCGUGUGUGCAUGAUCCGCACAUGCGCUCAGAUUGACCUGUUUUGUCACGAGAACAUUUCUGCAUGGGCUAAGCUACACGACACCAGUUUGCCCCCUGAGAUGUAAUCGAGCCGUGAUUUCCACGAUCCUCCUGCUUAGGGUAUAUUUAGGCCGACGAUCAAUUCAACAACUAGUAUAGCAGCAAUACGCCCUAAGGAUCUCUUUUGAUGUUGCUUCGUUUAUUAACACGAUCUCGUCGACUCUGAUGUACACAAUCUGGUUCCAAAAACUUUAAAUGGCAUGCAAUAAAAGACGGAGCCAGCUUCGGCUGAACACCUCGUGAAGCUGUUCGAAUAGUGUCGGAAACAUAAGUAAAACAGUGCUCAAUAUUAAUGAGGAAUUCUACGCUUGCCGUAGUGGCUGUGAGAAGAAUUGAACGCGAGCGAACUCGGUGCAGAUCACCGGUCCGAUCAUCUGAUGAGAUGCCCUGAGUAUGUGCUUCCCAGACAUCGCAUUAAAGUCCAUGGCAUCUGGCUUCUUUCUUACAUUAAACAGUCAAGUGCGAACCGAAUAUUCCCCGCUAUUCUUAAAAUCAGUGUUUUUAUACGGCUUAGCAAAUUUUAGCCUCAAUAUUCUCACAAAACUAACUUUUGCUAUUUUUAUCAAAUGGACUACAUUUUGUUUCUGAUGCUGCAUCAAUGAAGUAGGCGAAACAUUAUCAUAUCUAUAAAAUAAGAAUUCCAACAUAUACCUCUUGGUUUUAAAAAAAUCGUCAAAUCUACUGAGUAACACGCUUUGCGAUUCACCUCCCACCCCCCCUCCCCUAAGAAGUGUCAAUUUAAAUACAUGCAAAGGCUUUUGCAAUCCGCAUGCACAAUACUUGCGGAAAAACCUACAGUAGGUAGGCUAACUCAUGAAAUGCCAACCGAAAUUUCGAAAUCCGUUUUCCUUUGGAAAAGACUAAUUAAUUAGGGUCGUAAAACUAAUCAGUCUGCAGUAUAAUUCAAUAAUAAUUCAGUUACCUCCAAAUGCCGGCUUUCGAACGAACUUCCUUCCGGCUGCAUGCAAAAACUAUAUUCUGUAAAAAAAAAAUGACUACUUAUUUAGCAUGCAUUUUUCUCAUUGAUUGUCGAUGCCCUCAAAUAUUCAAUUACAUUUCAUAAAAACAAGCGUAAAAUAUUAAUUCUUCUGCUCAUUUGGUAGAAAAUUACGUCUUCUUCCAAUUUUAUACUCAAAAAGGGUAUAAUUCCGUUUUCAAAAACUUCUCUUGCCAGUGAGAAAAAUGCAUGCUACUAAAGUAGUCAUUUUUUACAGAGUGUAGUUGGGCAUGCAGCCAGAAGGGAGUUCAUUCGAAAGCCAGCCUUUUGACGUAACUGAAUUAUUAUAGAAUUAUACUACAGGCUGAUUAGUUUUACAAACCUAUUUAAUUAAUCUUUCCGAAACGAUAAGGCAUUUCGGAAUUUCGAUUGACGUUUCAUGAUUAAGCCCACCUACCCUACGUCCGUGGAUCUUGUUUAAUCGCAAACACCUAACUGACGGGAAAUGGUUGCAUCGUGCAACGGUGAAGCAACGAUGUUCUGUAAAACAUUAUCUCGUAUUUUCACCGCCACCAACAAAAUGAGAAUUGUGCUCGAGUUUUACAGAGACAGGAUUAAGAGGCCAACGAGACUUGCUUGGAAAAAUUUGGAUGAUGGCAAAAUAUUUUGACAGUCCGCUAUAGUUAACGAAAAUUACUUGCCUGUAAACUAUUACACAAGCUCUAACCGUUUAACAUUAGUUCCAAAUUCGGACAAUGCCUGAUAGCCUUCUUAUGCGGUUGUUAAUCGUUGUUGUUGCAAGCAUUGCCUUGACAAUAGUGGGUAGUUAGCAUACGACAGUUUCUUCUAAUGGACAUUACAUAUCAGCUUCAUCUUCACCCUGUCUAGCUGAGGAAAUAUGGCUUCAAACACCAAUCAAGGACAGAGGAUUGUUUCGUUUUUUAGAGAGGAAAAUACGUCUUACUCUAAUUCUCUCUGGAAGCCUUGCUAGGUCAUUUAUGACCGUGGCGUACUUAAUGCUGGGCAUUUGCAGGGCUAGUUUUCGGACAAACUGGCACGACUAAAUAUCGAGGCGAAUUCGAAACUUGGACAUUUUUCCCUGCAGUUCUCCCAAAGGCUUGAAUGGGCUGUCUGACAUAUUUUACGUUCGGCUGAUUUCUGAAAAUAGCUGGUUGGUCAGAAUUUUGCUAAAUUAUACGCUUUCAACAAGCUCGCUCAUUUGCAUUUCCCUUGCCCAGACAGCCGUCAACAGCUAACAUUAAUAACACCUGGGCUUUUGAAUCUACCAACACUCGUACAGUAAGUCGACUAAUCAGGCAGGAGCUCCUAAUCAAUUAAUCAAUAAUCACUGGAUUUAUAGUUUCGAUAUAAUAUAGCUUGGCAAUGUUACCCAUCUUAAUGAUGAGGAUGUUAAAUUCGUCGAGUGCACUUUCUCGCUUCUUCAUCACCAACGCCACCAAUAACCAAAAUUAAUCACACACAAAUCAUGGUACCCCUCCUUACCUACAGUAACGAAUGAAGACGCUUGAUUUUGAUAUGGCGCAAGAAGGGUUCCUUGAGCCAUUCAUCCAUAAUCGUUAAGCUACACAGGCUUUACAGUGUUCCUCAUGUAAACUUUGAAGGGGCGAAAUUCGGCGAACGAACGUUUCUGAUUUUUCGUCAUUAGCCCCGUUCAGUAAUAUAAGUAAAUUUCGGUCAAACAGUGAAAUUCGCAAACAGUCAGUGAACACAAGUUUUGAGAGAUGAGGUUUGAUCGUAUUCACGCAUGUCAGAUAUAAGGAACAAUCAAAGUCAACAUUCUGCAAAAUUACCUGUUUCCUACAGACUACUGAUUUGAGAGGGGACUGAAAUCGGGCAUGGAAAAUGCAUUGUGAAAUCAGACGAGUCAUUCUUUUUCAAACUUUGGAUGAUGUUCACUUUUUUGACAUAUUGAGCAUCUGGCUUACGUGAUGUUCUUUUAUAAUUUCAAUAUCCUCCUUGGAUUUCAUAAAUGUUGUUAGUCUACCCUGAAAAUGGGGCUUUAAAAUUACAUCAGCUUACUGGGGCCAAAUUUUAAGAUUUUGUCAGUUGGUCUCGUUUCCGCAUUAGUGCAUUGAUCUGUUUUUCGCCUUUGACGAUUAUGUGCUAUGCCUUGUGUUCACAUUGGUAAGUCGCUCAAAAUACUUCAUUUUACCCUACUUUUAGUUUAAAUUUUUCGUUUGUUUUGAUGUAAAGUCGACUCAUCCCGAAAAUAUACAGUUUUGGACAGGUGGUCUGUUUAGUUAGACAAGCUGUACAAGUAGUCGUUCAGUUAGUCUGAAGCUGCAUAGUUUAAACAAGCGAUUGUGAUCUACAUAACUUAUUUUUCGCUUACUUCAUGGGUUUCAGUAGGCUAACGACCGCCCCAGUCAAACGAAUGCGACAUCUUGUAUCUUUGGAAAGGGCAGUAUGUCAUUACAUUUUGCCAGUUCAACAGACUACGUAUUUUCUCGCCAGUAUUUUUAACAGAAAGACUGAACCUUGCAUCAUAAUUUCCUUCGAGUGUUAGCUGACUAGAUAGAUUAAGAUGUGAAUGAAAUUCACUUUUAAAAGCAACUUAUGCAUUCCCUUCAACAUCCAACAGUUUAUCAGCUAUGAUAAUCAGGACAUAAAACCUCCUACGCAGAAUGACUGACUGACUGCCAAUACGGUUUAACUCUAAGGAUGGGCAGAUCGAGAUGAAAUGAAGAACUUUUUCGUACCCAUUAAGACUGUCUAUUUCCUUCUAACACAUCGGAAAUGCGUCGUUGCUCAGCUCAGGUAGAACGGUCCUAUUAAGGGAGAAAUCAGGGAUUCCGGAGCGCUAUAACAGGCGUUUGAGGUUCGCCUUUGACCGUCACCUAAGAGCUCAGAGGAAGCCAUCAACUGACUUUCUCUACUGGCCUCCAACUUCGAACUCGACCUUCUGUCGUCACACCGGAGAUAGUUUGAAUCUGACAAUGGACGUCCAUUAAAACUUUUCAAUUGCGAACUAUUCAUAUUGACACAUUGUAAAAAACUCCGAGCCUCGUUCGGAUUCGAACUUACGCAGUAAGAAGAAGGCUUUAGUACAGCCAACGCUCUAACCACCUGAGCUACGAGGCCCCGCCGGACGACGCAAGUUUAAUCACAUUUGGGUCAAGUUUAUCCGCCCAACCUACUGCAACGUCUGGAGUCCAUCAAAUCUGAUACAGUAAGUUGACUGUCCAAGCCGGAUUUCCUAGGUAAUUCACCUAGAAUCCGACAGAUGACUACCAGGCUCACGUAAUUCAUAGGUAUUUUGGCAGAUUUUCACAGUUGGGUCAGUACGAAUUAUUCAAAAUCUGUCAAAAUACCUACGAACUGCGAAUUAACCAUUAAAGUGUAGAGCAGUUGUACGGGCGCGUGAAUACUCUGAAGUCUCGGUUAGUGUCAGGAGCAGUUGCCUAGCAACAAUCGAUUAGUUCCCUCACCCUGAUGGCACCGCCUCAAGUUCUCCAACUGGCUUCUGAACCGAAUCAACGUUAAAAUUGCAGUGCAUAUUGCGGAAUGCUUGUUUCACUCUCAUCACCAUUAAACGCGCGGUUACUAUCAUGACAACGUCACUUUAUGGCGUGAAGUGCUGUACAAUCUGCCAAAGCUGAGUGCGAAAUCUCAACCGAUUUCACCUACAUAAGGUGUCUUCAAAGUAUGAGAUGUCGGGAGCGGAUUGCGGGCAUCCCCGAUCUCGAGUCUAGUGGCGAGCUGACACACAUCCAAUCACGACAGAUCAGCCAGCUUCCCGAGCGGAAGUCGGGAUUGAUUUUCAAAGAGAACAUUGUUUUGAACACUCGCGAAGAAGGCAGACAAAAUCCAUUUUUGGAUUGUCUAAGUUCCGAAAAUAUUCCCGUGUUAUACUUGAAAAGUCAAGUUAGCAAACACGUGCUUUUGGUAAUUCUUCGUCAGGGCAAUACAGUUACAUGAAAGAAUGCAAAUGUACAAAAUUAACCGUGCUUAUAAGUGUCUCAAGGGUUAUUAACUCAUUAACACUCAUCAUUCCCACGCCGCCCGCAUGACAAGGUCGGCGGGUUUCGGUCCUCAGAGCUAGGGGCGAGGAUAAGAGAGUCUUUUAGUGAUGUUCUUGGAUGGAGUACACGGAGUACCCAUCACUGUAAUUGGGGAUUUGAGGCAGCAUGUCGUCAUCACUUGUGGUUGGCGUUCGCCACGGCAGGAAGAGCGCUUGUGUCAGGGUUUUCUGACAGCAUAACAUCGGAUUCGCUAAUCAUAUAGCGACUGCCUCGGCCGUUGCCAUUAUCCGUUGGCGUAGGCCUUUAGAGACGCAUGUUGGUGUCCGAUAGACAGCCUGGAAUGCUUCCUUGGCAUCGACUCUGAUUCGUAUCGAUUAAAUGUGCGAGAACAGAACUUGAAAUCGACCGGGUCUCACCUCUGUCUAGCCAGGCGGGCAUAUGUUCACGCACCCUCUUUACCAGGCUCGUUCAGCGGCCAACGUAUCCCGCUCCACAGAAGCAAGUGAAUGAACAAAACUGUGGAAAUCAACGUAUUGCCCCCUUCAGGUUUUCUUUCGGAACACCCUGCGCUGGAUAGACCCACCCUCUUAGCUGUGCAGAAGAACAUCGAAAAAAGGCAAUUUCGUUAUUUGCCUCGGCCUCUGCAGUGAACUUUAGCGAGGGGAGCGAACUGCUAAACUUUUGGACAAGGUCCUCGUUAUCGAUGGUACCAUCCGCCAGGCAGAAGAUAUCUUCCACGUACCGACCGUAGAAAACGAGGCCAUUUUUAUGAAAAUGAAAACCCCCUCAGUGUGAAACCAAGUCAACCACUGGAGCAAGCACGACCGACGUUUCCAUACAGAAAACUGAAAUUAAUUCCGAAAACUGUCCGAAGCACUAGAGGGAACCGGGUGGAGGGCCAAAUCUGCCGCCUUUGCUUCAUACUGUCACACAAAACUGUCAAGACGCUUGUAAAGGGGAUGACAAAACCGUUCUUGUAUAUCUUAAAAGAAAUGCAGACCGCAUAUUGAUCGAUGUAAGUAUAUCAUGGUUUUUCCUCUGGAGUUGUUAGUAGUAACUCCGUACUUUCAGGCAGAUUUAUCGACCGUGUCUGAAAACGGUUGUUUUGCUUUCUAUUUCGUGCAUUGUUUACCGUCCAAAUCUUUAACUUUUUAGAAAAACUGAAUGUGCUCCAGGGAUGCGUGAAAGGCAUCGAGCAACCAACAAUUGGGCUGAAGUCCCAACCAGGUGGGCCGUGGAACAAAUCUGUUAACUAACAUGAGUGUGUGUGAUUUUUGUUAGCGCUUCGGUUUCAACAUAGACGUAGAUGUCGGCAGUCGUUUCAUUGUGGUCUUUACUUUUAAGCCUAAUUUUUUUACAAAGAAAGAAGCAAGAUCGUUGGGACAAUAGCUUUGUUUGCUGAAGUUUCAGAUUUACACUCAAAUCCAUCAUCGGAGACGCAUUUAGAUAAGGGUGAUGUCAUCUUCAGGACUGUUUCAUGGACCUCUUUCUUUCCCUCUUAUCGGCCUGAUGUUUACGCAAAAACUGAAAAAGGGUUGUUGGCCUGCAGGAUAAGGGAUUCGAAUCCUGGGUCAUCCGGGCAUGAGGUUGGUCAUGGCUAACUGGCGAUGCCUAUCACACCAGAGACAAGAAUCCCAUUAUUAUUUGGCCUUGUCGAUCCUGUUUCUUUGCGCGUACUGUGAGACUGCCUCUAAGGGCUCCAGCUUCAUCUUCAAGAAGCAGCGCGACUAACACACCCCUCAACCUACCGGGGAAAACCUUUUUCAUGACGGUAACACAAAUAUGUUCCUCUAAUUUACACAUCCGCGAAAAGUAGUGUAAUGCAGGUUUGGUCGUUUCUCAAUUGUUGAUGACAGUUUUAAACGAAUCAGAGUUUUGAAAAAUAGCGCCCGGAUGAGGAAGGAAGAAAAUGAGCUCUGGCAUUAAAACACCACUCCGACGGUUUUGACGGAUACGUUUUCUGAUGGCCACAGGCAGGAUGCAUAUAAUAACUGUAGGAAAAAAUAUGUUAGCGCGAAACCGAAUGACGACUAUUAUAAGAAUGUUGGUUUCCGAUUGUGGAUCUUAUUUGCAUGACCUGCAAAGCAUCGUGUCAGAGGUGGUAUAAGUGGUCGUUGAUACUCUGACGUACGGUAGAAGGUGUGUCAUCCAGAAACGAGAAACUGAUGCACAACCUGUCGGCAAAGCUGCUGACGUGGGAACAAAUGCAGGUGUUAAGGCAUAGGGCCUCAUUUAACAUAACCGAUGCCAAACCUACCAGCAUGAUUACAGCAGUGAAGUCAGUCCUCAGACAGACGGAGGCGACAGACGAGAGGAAGAAUCUUAUUCGGCACCAAGUGUCAUCCCCCUCGUGGCGUAAAGGUCGCGCAACGUGCUUUCUAAGAUCCAGUAUGACGCACUAAAGAAACUCAAAGCAAACAGAGAACUCUUAAAGGUGCCUGCGGACAAGGAACGUUCCACUGUCGUAUUGGACAGGGCAGACUGCAUUCAAAACGCCAAACGUUUGUUGGAGUGUCGUCUGUCCUGUGUUACGUGAGAAUACAACCCCAUAAAAACGCUGGCACGCGAGAUCAACGCGAUGCUGUUGGCAAUAGAGAACUCAGGUGCAAUAUUAACGAUUGACCGAGGCGUGGCGAGAGCGUGAGAAAGGGCCCUGGUCCAAUUCUACGGUCUCCCAAAAGUGCACAAACGGGGGCGUUCCUCUCCGGACCAUCGUAUGGCUAAAAGGCACUCCAAACUACAGACGGACAAACUGGCUGUCUCAACGUCUCAGGUUUCUGACCUCCGGUUCAGACACCACAGUCAGCUCGUCAACACAGUUCUUGGAGAAACUUAAGGGUGUACGUUUCCUACCAAGCGACGUCAUGGCAUCCUUUGAUGUCACGUCCGUUUUUCCUUCUAUCCCACAGGGCCUGGCAGUCAAGCCAACGAACUUUUCCUACGAGAGAAAUACGACGAAACGGAUAAUCGCCUCGGACACGCCCAAAUCAUCCAGCUCCUGAAGUUCUGUCUCAAGACGUACUUUACGUUCGACGGAACAGUCUACAAGCAGGUGAAGGGAAUGUCAAUGGGUUCGCCGAUUUCGGGACUCGUAGCCGAGGCGGUCCUACAACGGCUGGAGUCUAUGGUUUUCCGACACCGCAGACCGAAAUUCUGGGCUCGGUGUGUGGAUGACACCUUCGUCGUCAUCGAACGGGAUCAGGUGCUGACGUUCGAAGAACAACUGAACGCCGUCAUCCCGGACAUUCAAUUUACGACGGAGGAGGAGAAAAACAAUCAGCUGGCCUUCCUGGAUGUCCUCGUCUGCCGCAAAGAUUGCGGUGGCCUAAAGAUUGAAAUGCUCAGGAAAGCGACAAAUACGACGCAAAUACUGAACUUCAAUAGCAACCACCCGAUCAGUCACAAACGCAGUUGCGUAAGGGCGCUAUACCGGCGCGUUGAGACGCACUGCAGUGAAAUGCAAGACAAGGUUGCUGAACUGCAUUAUCUUGGACGGGAAAUGAGAGUCAAUGGUUACCCACGCAACUUUGUCAAACAGCGCAUACGAAAAGGACGCCAGAGACCAAAUCCAACCGGCCCCAAAUUUUGGCGGGCUCUUCCGUACGUGAAGAACGUCUCGGAAGCCGUCAGUUGUCUUCUCACUCCACUUGGAGUUGGGGUUGCACACAGGCCGGAAGCAACCAUCAGGCGCCAUGUCAUGAGGCCAAAGGACCCACUGCCACGGCAAGAAACGUUUGGAGUCUUUUACCGGAUCUGGUGCAGUUGCGGACAAGGCAAUUACGUCACAGAAACUGGGAGAUUACUCCACAGGCGAAUGGCCGAGCAUGCAGCAGCUGUGAGGAGUAAAGAUGUCAGCUCUCAUGUGGCGGCUCAUUACAAAGAACCUGGCCAUAUUUUCUGGAUCUCGCCUGUUUGCUUCUCUCAGCAAAUCUUCGAGCAUUUUUCAUCACUUGACUGCUCUCGGUACCGAACCUUUUUUUAAUUGAGCCUUCCUCUUACUAAUGUAUUAACUGUGUGGGGCGAGGAUGAAUGAUCCAAUAUGGACAUUUCAGUAACACCUCUUCAGCGCGGUACAGACCUGCGAAUGUCAUGCCGCCGUCAAAGGGCGGACCUAAAUCUCUCCUAAACAUCGUUGGGAGUUCUACAUAGUUUUCUAUACUCCACACAUAUAAGCAGCUCCUACACUCUCCACUACCGACCAAUUCCGUCCACUACAGAAGUCAGCACAGCGACCAUUCAGGAGAUUUUAAAAAUUUUCAAGGUAAAACUUGGGACGUACACACUUACUGGUUGCUCAUCUCACCACUAAAUGCAAGUGGGCAGGUCUCCGCUUCUAAUCGCAGACAGUACGGCAACGUUAACCACAGUGGUUGCGUGCGGUUUGAAUCCGUGCAAUUGCCUCAGUAACGAAUAAGCAACCGUGUCGGAUUUCUCGCCGCGCUCUGGCUACACAUUUCCCUGGCUGGCUGAUGGCGACUAGGGAGACUUGAUCAGUGCCUUUAGACGUCCGUUUUUUGUUAUCUUUUUCCUGAAUUGAGCUGUUGGUUUGUAUAUCGGCGGGGGGACUCGAGGAGUGGGAAGCUGUAGGCUGCGUCCGAUUCCGCACGAGUUUUCAGUUGAUCCUUCGACCACAUGACUGGCUUACGCGCCGUAGCUGCAGAAUUAUGAAGUCAGCCGGUUCAAAAGUUAAAGUCAUAUCUCAGUUCUCUCAACUCCUGUUCCCGUGGGUAUUUGGAAGCUAGGUUGUGGGCCGCGUGUUCGGUUAACUCGAGUGGACAACCAACUUCUUAAAAAAUUGAGGGAGAAAAUAGAGGGGAAUGUAGUUAAACAAGCGGCUAAUCAAUUUGAAACCUAGCACCAGUACAGACGGAAAUGCUUUGCAAGUGCCAUUUUCUAAGCAGUCAGGUUUACGAGAGGGCUACUAACUGAACCCUGAGGUCUACUAUAACCCCACACGGACCAAUAGAGCGGCAUGGGGUCAGUUACGGUGUUUUGGUCCCAAGUGUUAGCGCAUUGUGGGCAUUAGAAAUAAAGUAAACCGAAGGAGGAUACUGAAAUCGUUAGUGGGAAAGUAGCCAAAGCUAAAAGAGAAAAGGGCAACCUGAAGUUUCGGUUUAGAGGAAGGGUUAGUUUUAGGGUUUCGGUUAGUGUUAGACUGGGAAUUGAGUUUAGGGUUAGAGUUUUUGUUAAGUCUAACGGUUCCGGUUAGAGUUAAGGUUAAGAUUGGGGUUUAGGCUUACGUUUAAUGUUAAAGUUGGAGUUACGGUUAGUGUUAUGGUCAGAGUGGGACCACGGUUAGGGUUUUGGAUAGGAUUAAGGUCAAGGUUAGGAUUAGGACUUGGGUCAGGAUUAAGGUUAGGCUUAGGUUCAAAACUAGGGUUUGUGGUAGGCUAAGGGCUAGGCCUAGUUUUAAGUUUAGGGUUAGCGUACGGUUUAUAAUUAAGUUAAGAACUAGGUUGACGUUCGAGGUUACGUUUAGGUUUAUCGUUAGGUCUGCGGUAUUGCUGUACCGCGUAUCCUGUCAGCCAGGUCUUUUGCGGAGAUUCUAGGCUUCCUUCAAACUCGCGGCUGAUUUACCAUAGAUCAGAUUGCCUUUUCCGUUUCACUUUCGGCUACUCUCCCCACUAACGAUUUCAGAAUCUCCCUGCGGCUUACUUUACUUUCAAUGGCCGCAUUGGAACUAGGACAGCGUAAUCGACCCUUGCCAACAGAGUUCACUUCAUCGCCUCACUUGAGACCAUGUAAGUAAGGAUCAACGUAAACGAUGAGAACAAGUGCACUGUGAUUUCAAAGUCAACACCUUACUGAUGACGAUAAGAACUCUUAAACCAAAGAGAACAAAAAACUUCAGUAGCCAAAGGAAGUAGUACAGGAACGUCGUUGUGUGUGCGAUAAACUGGCAAAGAAUGGGUGCCACAGUAACUCUUCAACCGUUGCCUCCGUAUGCGCACACACAAAGAGCAAAGAGGGGAGGGUCCCCCGGCUGUUGGUACAUCCUGAAACAGAAGAAAUGCGUUUGAGGAAACUCGGGUAAAUCCAUAAAUUGGGGGCAGGAUGGUAGUUGGUAGCCCUGCCCACUGAUUCUACAAUUGUACCUACUGGCUCGAUUUCGGUAUCUGUGAUAACGUUCUCAUUACGUCUGGGGUGUGCACGCACAGAGGCCCUGUCAGGAUGACUUUCUUCUUCACGUUAACCGCCCCGAGAACGAGGCGCUGCAAGACUGUCUAUAUAGACUUAUUAUAUUGCACCCCCACACGGAAAUCUUUAGUAAAAGGCGAAAGAUUUAUCCUAAACGGAUUAUGAUUCAUCAUACUUCCCAUUAUGCUUCUAGUUGCAUGUGCGCACAGUAUUACCUGCAUCAGAUUAAUUGCAUAGGUACUAUCCUAGGCGGAUUGGCGCGGGUCUCCGUUUCGUCGGUUUGCCUGCAUCCUUGGGUCUUUUUACUCCAGACCUCCAGUAGAGUCCGGUGCGAUCGUGUACAAAAGGACAACAGACGCGCAGUUAGGGUGUCUGCCGAUACUCCAUCCACCGCAUCAGUCGUAUUGACAGAGUAUUGCCCUCCACCUCCCGCCUUUACGAACAGCCCGGUUGUAAUUCGUUGCAGGGGUUUGGCUGAAACCUGUGACGCCUUGUAAACACCGCCAUGGCCCGUUAGCGAUCCUUUCCUGCACUUCCAGUUUAAGGCACUACGGCACCCCCGGGCGCCUUGACAUUGCUGGGUUUGAACUGGGCGCACUUUACCUACCACAUCGCGCACUUACUACCUCUUGGGUUCAGACUACAACAGCAAGGCGUCUCAUUCGUCAGACAGACCCGAAGUGUUCACCUUCCUCACAUUUUUCACCUUAUUCAAAUUAGGUUUCCACUUUAUCAGGAUCGUCCAUUCCAGGCAUUCCCUACAAGCGUCAUUUACGCCUCCACUCAUUUGCCCCACCCGUAUAGCCCCUAUUACCACCGGUCCCGUAAGUAAGGUAGCUGGGAGUUUUCGGUACCGGGAGGGCUACCAACUACCAUCUAACCAAAUUGGGCUUUUCAUGGGACACGGAUGACGACACGGCAAAUUGGGGACUGCCGAAGACCUGGAUGUCUGGUAGCGGCUCCGUGAACCGGUGUAUCGACGUUGCCCACGCCCAUCCUCACGAGAUGAGGCUUCGCACUCUCUGAUUGCACGACCCGAUUCCUCACCCGGGAAAAACGCGCCCGACGCGCCGUGAGAAAUGUGACACGGUUGCUUAUUUGUUACCGCGGCUACUUUGCCUUUACUGUUGACCACUUAGAGGCGUUUGUCCCUUAGCAACUAUUGUGGUCCAGAAACAUCUACUAUAGCGAUGGUGCUGUUCGACCGUCAAUCAGGUUUCGUCAUGUAGUGUUUCGGUCAUUGCCCGAACGGGCUCUAGCAUCGCUUUGUUUUGAGCCCUUCCCAUUACGUCUUAAUUGAAUUAACUCAUUUUAUUUGGUUAUGUGGUUAUGUAGCCGCACCCGAGAUAAACAAACUCAGCCGCCUGUAAUACGUCACCGGCGGUAAUAGAGGGUUUUGCAGGUGAAGCCGCGGAACUCACAGGUGACGAGGUCAAAUAACUGCAUGCAAAAUAAAAGGCUAUUGGCAAUGCACAGUUGUACGUUGAGUGGUCGAGAAAUAGUUGCCCUAACUCCUAACCCCUAACUCUAACCCCUAACCCUAAUCUCUAACUCUAAUCCCCCAACCCCUAAUCCCAAUUCCCAACCCUAACCCCAAACUGCAUUGUGUCCACCAAGUGCGACUACAUAAUCACAUCUGGCCGCAAUUUGUUUUUUUUUGUUUAUUCCAUCUUGUAAAACACACUUUAAAGAACUCUAAUGGGCCAAUGGGGGAUGGAUUGAUGAAAAAUUUAGUUACAAGAAAUCCGUCAUAUCACUUUACUUUGGUUUUAUAUCUCAUAGUUGAAACUUCGGGCUUUGAAUUCGGCCUCGCUUGGGAAUUGCUGAGGUCUAUUGCCUGGCGGACAUAUACAAAAUCCCAGCGAUCGCAUUUUUACCUCUAAGUGUUCCGGCUCCCUCUAGGAGAAUAAAAUCGCUUGAAGUUGGUAAGUAAAUGGCAUUUAUUGGUUUAACAGGUGUUUUGAUGCGUUUGCAUAAUUCGUCCGAUCCUACUUUGAAAGGCUUGGCGACCUUCGUGGGAUUUGAAUCCACGGCAGCAAACGUAAGGUCUGCGUACGGCUAAAGCUUACUGACUGAGACCCAAUUACGCGACCGGAGGCCAUGAGGUUAAUUAUGUUUGUGUCAAGUUAUCCGCCAAAACUAAUUCAAAGCCAAUUCCUUCAUAGUUCCGUCAGAUUGAUCAUGAAUAUUGUUCUAAAAAUAUUGAUUAAGUGAGUCUGGUUUGGGAGAUUCUGCCAGGGCUGACCGUUAGCUGUAUCAGAAUUCAGAAUACCAGUUGGCACGCCUAGGUUCGCUUUUGAAAUCGAUGAAGGCGCGGGGGCUAGUAACAAUCUGAACUUAGCCUGCACUUAGCUCUUCAUCACGCACAAGACUGGUUUUCAUAACCUGAUGGCGGCCGCUUCAGCCGUCGCUGACAGAAUCUGAAUUGUUGUAGUAGAUUGAGCCGACAGCCGAUCCAAAUGCGGUUAAACUCAUGACUUUGGAGUUGGGACAGAUGAAGUUGUUGUUUCCCACCUGCCUACAUUAGUAUUUUGACAUAAAAUGACUGUCCAGUUCUAUUUUUCCUUAGAAACCUGUGUCACUUGAGUUUUGACCAGUAACGGGAACUCACCUUCAUGUGAGAGCAUUCUCUACUAUUUAUGCACAAGGUUGUGCAGUGCUCAACUUGAAAUGAGUUGCCUUGUUUGGACUGUGCGAAGCAGUGGUCAAAACUUAACUGGAUCCAAAACACUGCCUCUGCGGCUCGAAAGAAACUAAUUCCCCCCGUCUUCCUCCGCAAUUCAACAGCGUAAUUAUCUACGACCUGUUGAAAAAUUUGCGACGUCACGUGUGAGGCGAUGGUUGGAAAAUUCAACUUAUUUCAUCCCCUGUGGUAAUCUGAAACAAGUAUCCGGAACAGCGGUUUUUGCUUCAAACAAAAUUCUAUGACUGCAUUCCGGCUAAUCUGUGCCAUUUAAAGAUAGGAAUAACGAGUAGGAGACACGCAACGCCAUGGCUGUCUAGUCAAUUUUAUUCCGAAACAGGAUAAAUCUCUGCGUUCAAUUUUGACGGAGCUGUCAGUUUUGAAAAAACGCCCUUAUUAUACCCUUAGUCUUGAGGGCUUGGGCAAACUGCUUUAGCUCUUAUCAAGCUGCGUUUGAGUCGCACUAAUGAAAGGAAGGAAAGUAGGGCCUGUAAAAAGCAUUUCAGAUUUUAUUUUGUUUAUGAAUUCCGCGUGCUUGUGAAUGCGAGUGACCUGGGCGAGAUCAAGAUCCCAUUGGCAGCCAGGUUAUUUGAGCAGAGCCUUUAACGUCAGAAAGCAUAUUCUAACUCUUCUCUCGGGGAAAACAGGCUAGUUAAUGGACAUCCCCUAUUGACCCUACUUGGUAUUUUCUAGCCCCUUCUCCCGUGUAAACAACACGGACACUCCACUUUUUGGAGGCUGUUUGAAUGCAGAUGGAAAACUCAGAGUUGGGCAAACAACUACAACAUGUGAUGCGCAUAUGUGUCCUCUGCUUAACGUCCCUUGGGCAUUUCUCUUGCGCACUCGUUUGGACAGUGCCUUUCUUUGAUUUUUGUCUGUCCCGUUGCUAGGUGACUUCCGUGUUUAUGUCCCCUAAUUUAUGACCGUGUUGCCAAAUCCAUGUUAUUAUCCAGGACAAAAGGCAACUGAAAUACAGUUACAAAAUCUCUUGUAUAGGCUUGUUUGAAGUUAAGUUCCAGACUAAAAACGUCUUUUAAAUCUCCAAAUGCAAAAACAUAUCAAUGCAAUCUCCGAUCUCAUCGCAUACUGACAUUUCUUCAAAAAUAAUAUAAUGUUCUGCUGCUGUUUUGAUAGGGCUGCCAGUAUACAUUAUGCCAAAGGAAUCCAUGCAGGUUCGAAGCUACAUAUUACUCUUAGGAUAGGAGCCAUUCCUAAAGUCGUGGUUUAACCUCAAUAAUUAUCCUGUGCGUAUGAUAAGUCAUCAAUAUUUUGAAAACGAACGGACAGUAGCCAUCAUCCUCAUACAAAAUUUUCACUUCUUAUUUGAUCUUUCGAGUUAAAGCAAAAAGGUAUUUUUCCACUAAAAUUAUGCCAAUCACUGUACAUUUUAGACAAACCCUAUGGGUUAUUCCAAUUUACAUUUAUAUAUAUGUACAUAUCGAUAUAUACAGGACAAUCCUGUUGGUAUCCCAGCGCACCAACUGUGCCUUAAGAACUAUCGUAAGUUCGACAAUAAGUACUACCAACAGGUGAAGGGAAGUCCAAUGGGCUCCCCAACAUCCGGUCUACUCGCCGAACUAGUGCUACAGCGACUAGAACAUGAGGUUUUUCAAACUCUCAACCCCAAAAUAUGGCUCCGCUAUGUAGACGACACCUUUGUCGUAAUAAAGAACCGCGAGGUCGAAAGGCUACAUCGGACGCUGAAUGAAGUCUUUCCGGCCAUGCAAUUUACCCGCGAAGAGGCAGUAGGAGACAGUCUGUCGUUUCUAGAUGUAAAAAUACAAAGGCUGGAUGACGGUAACCUCGCAAACAGCGUCCAUAGAAAAGGGUCUGAUUCCGAGAUCAUCCUCAAUUAUGCAAGCAAUCACCCUGCGGCUCACAAAAGAAGCUGCGUCCGAACCCUCUUCCACCGGGCCUACCGGUAUUGCAGCAAUGACGACCUGCUGAAGAAAGAACUAGGCUUUCUAUAUCGGCUAUUUCGAUCCAAUGGAUACCCAGUCAGUUUCGUGAAGAACUGCCUUAGACGUCAGACACAACCUCGAGACCCCUCCUCAGAUGGAGAAACCGUGACCCGGAAAUUCUUCUUCCUGCCCUAUAUGCAGGGGACCUCAGAAAUGAUGGCCCGUCAGUUAAGUCAGUUCGGUAUUCGCGUUUCCCACAAGCCUGCAUCACCGCUGCGCACAGUCUUAACUCGAGUAAAGGAUUCUAUCCCCAAAGUGAACAGACUAACGUCAUUUAUCGCAUCCCGUGUGCCAAUUGUCCCUGCGUAUAUGUUGGUCAUACAGGACGACGCCUGGGAACUCGUAUUAAUGAACACAAACUAGCUGUCCGUCGCCGUGAUCCACUGUCCCUCGUCUUUGCACACGCACUCCAGUGUGACCACCGUUUUAAUUGGGAUAACACCGAGGUCAUCGCCACGGCCAACACAAAACGGGCGAGAGAAUUCCUAGAGGCAUGGCACUCUAACGCGGACAGCAUCAACCGCCACGUCGACCUAGACGCCCAUUAAUAGGGACUAAGAUCACGCCUCACUAAGCCGAGCCCCACGCCGCAUCAGCAGCCGCUAAUCCAGGCACCCGCAGUUCUGCCAACCUACCAUUCUCCCUCCCCUCCAACACGGGGAGCCGUAACGGUUCCCCCCCCUUCCUAACCUCCCGGCUCAGAACCCAGCAUGACUCCCUACCCGCAUCCCUCCUCACACGCUAAUGGUUCGUCCGCCAAUGUUUGUCCUGUCUCGUCUAUCAGUCUAGUGUGACUGUCUCACUCUCUCUUUUCUCUCCAUUUCGUCUGACGACGGGUUGGUGUCACCAAUUCGAAAAUUCACGAGUACAACUCGAUUUUUUCCGAAGAACCUCUUCCUUUUUCUUAUGUACAUAUAUAUGCCAAAGGUAUUAUACCGUACUUCCGACAUAGGUACUAGUUACGUGGCUAUUCUGGAAUAUUUGGUUGUCUUCGAAGCGAAUUUUCAUUGAAAUUUCGGGUGUGAUCCCAAAACAUUAUGCCCCAGACACCUAAACCCAUGUCCUGCACUGAAUAAUUCUUAAAUUUUUUUGCUUUAUGUAUGUGUAUGUGUGUAUAUCAUGUUUAUUCUCUUUCGAAUAAGUCGAAAAUAUUUUAAAUAUUAACGGUCAAUAUGUGUCAUCCCUAUGCAAAUAUUUUAGAUCCUCCUGUCUUAUUUAUACUUUAGAGUUAAAACAAAAAAAGCAUUUUUUUACCGAAAUUAUACCGGUCUUUGCACAUUUUUUGCAGGACACUUGGGUUAUUCGAAUUAGCCUUAUAUAUUUACAUUCAAACAGCUGCGAGGGACUCGGUUCAUCACUGGGCCAGUGUUCCCUAUGCACUUUCUGAUAUAUGAACUCCAGGGAAUAAUCAAGUGAAUAAUUUCAGAAGCAAUUGUGUCACACAGCGACAGAAUAUCGACGAAAAACGUGUCAGGGCUUUUGGCUAGUGCCUAUGUCGGGAGUACGGUAUAAUACGUUCAAUAUAUACAUUUCAUACUAGUCAUAAUGUUAUUCGUGUGCAGAAUGGGUAACCCGUGGUUAUUCCACAGUAGUCAAUUGUCUUUGGCUUAAUUUUUCAUUGAAAUUACGGUUCUGACCCCAAAAAGUUAUGUACUGAAGACUUAAAUCCAUGUCUUGCACUGGUUAAUUUCUGAAAUUAUUCACUUAACAUAUAUAUAUAUGCAGGAGGGUUACCGACAAAAACAAGUUUUUGCCUCUAUUAAAGACACUUUUUAGGAGUUCUAGUUAAUUUUGCAUUAGUUUCCACGUCCAGUAAUCAUGAAUUGCGAGGGGAACUACUUGCGUUUUUUUAUUAUUCGCGGUGAGCCUUCGAUACAUAACCCGACUCUCAUGGACACAGUAUCAUUCCUAAACCCCUUCCUAGACCACCGCUUAUCUCACAUGUCAGAAGUAUAUACACAUUUAAACCUACUCCACUUAGCCAGUCGUUUGCAUGUUCAGGUGGUUUUUGCUCGCCCAACGUUUGGCUCCGUUUUAUUUUUAGUUUCUUACCCUAAUACUUUUGUGAAGUUUACCGCUCAAAGAAGAUUCGUCGCCCAGCACAACCAAAGAAAAUGCCGAUAAAGAUUAAAGGAAUUAGUCUCAUUAUCGGUAAAUUUAUUUCACUGACCAGGGGCCCGUGACGAAACCGUAGGAAAAGUCAAUGGAGACACAAAGGGCCUCCGCGUCUGUGGGGUUGUUAUUAAUCUACGAAAUCAAGGCGUUUUUGGGCGCAGAGACUGUCUAGUUUUAGGCUGACAAAGGUACACUGCGCACGGGUCACCGGCAAUAAAUCACCCCAGCUGUUCUUAACUCCUCAGUCUGAUUAAGAUAAAUUAAAGGAAUAUCUGAGGCCGGUGAUUUCACUAGGGGUGUCGCUUUAAGCGAACUCACUGAAGGAGAUUCCGUGUAGGAAAUAGAAAAAGCGGUCUACGUUCCAGCUGACAUACAUAUGCAAGUGUUUAGUGCUUUCAUUUGCUCUGAAGUAAUACCUGGUCACGCACUUUCUGUGGCAUCCUAUGGCGGUUGCUAGUUACCUAUUCGGUCGAACGCAGAUAUGUGUACCUCCCUAGUCUAUCCAAAAAAGCCAACUGUAAUACCGGAAAUGGUGGUAAUCAAGACGUUUAGGAGAUGAGACUUUUUCAACAAGUUUAAAAUGCAAAAACCAAUACUUGGAUUAGCGAAUAUCGAUAAUCGUUUUAGUUACCGGUCGUCUAACCCCACAGAUGAAAAUUGCGGCCUGGAUAGGGCAGCAACAGCUUCGUCGCCAUUAAACGGGAUUCAUUGUUGAUAUUCAAAAAAACUUUAGUGAUAUCUUCCAGGAUCAAUAAUUUACGAUGUAAGAGGAAGCAAAUGACCACCUGCUUUUCCUUUUUUUCUCAAAGCGCGAGAAGAUUGUGGCGGCUUAUGUGUUCAGGGAAAAAAAAGCAAGGCCGACGCAGCUACUGAACAUUAACAGUCAUCACACAAUUAGCCACAAACGCAUCUGCGUAAAACGGCUCUUCGCGAGCGUCGAGAGGCAUUGCAAUAAAGCGGAAGGCGAGACUGCCCAUUGGAGGCAACGAUCAGGUGCCAGUUUAUGAGACUGAAAGACCCAACGUUAAGGCCGGAAUUGCCGGAAGGAGUGAUUGCAUCUCCUUCCUCCAAAAUGCUUCCCCGAAGGUUUCUUUCCAAUUUAUAAUCGCAAUUCUGUGGAGAGUUACAUGUUUAUUUUAAUCAGCUCUUACCUUUCAGUCCAUUUAUGCAAUUUCGCAACAAAAUGGGCUCCAUGUUUGCUAGUAAUAUUUCCAAGCCAUCGUGAUUUUCCUUUAUUGGACCAUGAAAGCAUACAUGAACUUUUUAUGAAGGAACCGUGCAGACUAUAGUUUUUUCUUUAUUAUGAAGCUCGAAUAAGAAUUUAGCGUUUGACACUAUUUGAGGUCAUGGUCUGUGCAUCCCUCGAGAUUGUGAGUUGCAAAGGAUAAAAGAUCCUACAAAAUGAGCGGAAGAAAUACGCCUUUCUUGCAUUUUUUCUAGUGAAUGUGGCAGGACUAAUGAAUUUAUCAAAAAAUAAGUGAGGCGAACGCUCAACAAAUGAACAGCUACUCAGGUAGAAUUCAAGUAUACAGAAGUAAGCAUGGGUCUGAUUCUGCUAUAAGUGAAUAGGCCUUGCGACCACCUCUCGGUAAUUCCUCCAGCUGAAAGCAUAUUAGCGCAUUUCCAUUCAUAUUCCAAGCCAGUUGGUUGCAUUUUCAAUGCUUGUAAGGACACCUCUGAGUCCACAGACCAACUGAUAAUCACAGGUGUCAAAUAUCAGUUUCAUUUAGCAUCUUUCUUGAGAAAUCCCGUCCGCCUCAUAGAACAUUUUUAUUUUCCUAAGGGGAUUCUUGACUCCUUUACCUCAAGUUCUGAAGUUUAAAAGUGGUUAAAACCUUAAUUAUAGUACAAAAAGCCCUCUUGCCUUCUCAUUAACGCAUCCAUCGUUCCGGAAAGGGAAUGACUAAAGGGAGAAUUUUCUGCAGCUAUCAAUUACUAUUUGCAUCUGACUAAAUGCGCAAACUUGGGAACUUAUUAAUAUGCAUGGAUGCUGACAUGGAUUAGAACUGCAGGGACCUGCGCCGAGCCCGGCAUAGGAACCGAAGCUUAUUUUAAACAACCUCAAUUUCAAUUGGUUUGUACUGUUUUCAAUCACGCAGACACCUUGAACUGACAGACAAAUUUACUGCUAGCCAUUAUGGAUAACGUUCAUUUCUGACACAAAAACCACAAACCUCGUAAUACCGGAAACUUUUAUUUUUUAACCUCAUAGUUACAGAGGCGAUUUGUCAGCUCUCUCGCGUCAAGAACAUCAAACUUCCUCUGUUCAUGAUUUUGAAUUGGCUGAAAACCUUAUUUUAAAGCGUUUAGUCGCGGGCUAGGUUUAGUUAGCAUGAUGUAUUGUCGUCUUUCCAAUCGCGAGUUGUGUGGAGAAAGGAAUUUCAGACCGCCGACCACAUUUGACAGAUCACAGGACCGAAUCGUUUUCGAAGAGGAGAGCAUUUCGCUAUUCCAAGGAUCCGAAUUCCAAUACGAGAUUGUCUUGGCUUCAGACUAAGGUAUAAAUAGCUGACGAUGACGUAUACUGCGGAAAUGAUCGGCGCAGUCCCUUUUUGUAGCUAAACCCAACGGCUGCUUACCUGUCACAUGGGCUCACCACCGCGAUGAUACCCAUAUAAAAAUUUAAGAAGUCAAGUCCGGCAAACGUACGCUUUAGAUUAUUCAUCGCCAGGCCUGUACAGUAAUGUGAGGACAGAACACAUACAGAAGAUGAAGAUGCGAUCACUGGGACAAGAAGUUUAUUUGCCUGACGUUUCGGAUUCUCACUCGAAUCCAUCAUCAGAGACAUUCGCAGAUAGAGGUGAAGGUGGCACCAGGAGUGCAGUAUUUAUAGCACGUGGCUGCCGUGGGACCGUAUGCGCACUGCAAUUAACAGUUCUCACAAUCGCCGCUGGGGUCGUAAUUGAUGCGGCGGUGGUUUGGCGGUCCGAGUCCUAGUUGUUAAUCGCCGCGAUUUGGGGUGUAGGGGUGUCAGCGGUGGGUUCACGUGAAGGUCGUAGUGGUCGCUCACUUGCUUGCAGGUGAGACUACGCCUAGCGUCCACUUGCUGGCACUCAACUCUCACCUGUGGCUCCACGUAGCUGGGCUCUGCUCAGCGGCCACACCCCGGGCAACCGUCUCGACCGGCGGGCUAAGCCAGGUGAGGGCGGUUACUCCCUGUGUGCGUUGUGCCGCGUGCACAGGUGACUGCGGACUCCGUGGACGGUUGGUCGGAUGGAACACCGCGUCGGCGCCGUCGUGACGAGGCCCUGUCUGGCACACCGCUGGUCAGCCGGUUGGUGGUGGAACGUCGCAUCGGCAUCGUCGAGACGAGGCUCCGCCUGGUACGCCGUUGAUCUGCCGGUGGGAUGGAUCUCCGAAUUGACACCGUCGACACGCGCCCAUCUGGUGCACCGUAGGAGACCGCAGGCUUGCGGCAAUGCCGUAAGCCAUUGGCAAAUUCGAGUCGUUCUUCCACUGCCAAAAAAACUCGUGGCCCACAGUGGAGUUCGGCCGCGCCGGCACAUCAAGCAGCCCUAUUCAGGGGUCAGGGCACUGCUUCCUUCGGGGGGGCCCGGAAAAGCUGGCCUAAAAAUUGCUGGGGAACCACGUCGUCUGCUGGCGCACCGAGGUCGCAGACGCAAAACUCACGGUCGAAACAAUCAAACUCGAAACAACAACAACAACCAUACUCAUUCUCCUCAUCCUACCUCUUCUACCUCUACCUCCGUCUAUUCUUCUGCCUAUUCUUCUCCUUCGUCAUCUUCUUCUCCACCUCCUUCCCAUCGCCCCACUCGUUUUCCCCAGACUGGCAGGGUGAGCCCGCUCACUCUGGCAGCCUGGAAUGUUCGUUCCCUUUUAGACAGUCCGAGGAGCAACCGACCAGAACGGAGGACGGCGCUAGUGGCACGAGAACUGGCGCGCUACAAGGUCGACAUCGCCGCACUCAGCGAGACCCGAUUCUCCGAACAAGGCCAACUGGAGGAGGUGGGUGCCGGUUACACCUUCUUCUGGAGUGGCCGACCCAGGGCAGAGCGACGAGACGCGGGCGUCGCCUUCGCCAUCCGGACCGACAUCGUGGGACGACUGCCCUGUUUGCCGCAGGGCAUCAACGAUCGCCUGAUGAGCCUCCGCCUGCCUCUCUGGGGAGGCGAAUUCGCCACCAUCAUCAGCGCCUACGCUCCGACGAUGACCAACCCCGACGCCGUCAGAGACAAAUUCUACGAGGACCUGCACGCCCUCUUGGCGACUGUGUCGAAGGCGUUCAAGUUGAUUGUCCUUGGUGACUUCAACGCCCGCGUCGGCACAGACCAUACUGCCUGGAGGGGAGUGCUGGGUCCCCACGGUCUCCGCGGCUCCAACGACAACGGCCUGCUUCUCCUCCGCACCUGCGCAGAACACCGCCUCACCCUGACGAAUACCUUCUUCUGUCUGCCGGUGCGAGAGAAGGCCACCUGGAGGCAUCCUCGGUCGCGUCAGUGGCACCUGCUGGACUAUGUCCUCGUCCGGAGGCGAGAUCAGCGGGACGUGCUGGUGACGAAGGCGACCGCGGGUGCUGACGGGUGGACCGACCAUCGCCUCGUCAUCUCGAAGAUGCGUAUUCGCCUACAGCCUCGCAGGAGACCACAAGGUAAGCGACCCCCAGGUAAGCUGAAUGUUGCUUUGUUGUCUUUGUCUGCUCACCGUCUCCAUUUCAGCAAUGAGCUAGUUCAACGGCUAGACAACCUUCCUAUCGCUGCCGCCGCCGACGACGCCGCCGCCGCUGCCGAGAACGCCUCCGUGGAGAACCGCUGGUGUCAACUGCUUGACACGGUCCAGUCGACGGCGCUCGCCGUCCUCGGUCGCGCUCCCCGCCAACACCAGGACUGGUUCGACGACAACGACGCUGCCAUCAGCAAUCUGCUUGCCGAGAGGAACCGCCUACACAAAGCCUACGUAGAUCACCCCACUGAGGACAACAAAGCUGCCUUCUACCGCAGUCGCCGAUAGCUUCAGCAACGGCUGCGCGAGAUACAGGACGCCUGGACUGCUCGCAAAGCUGAGGAGAUCCAAGGCUACGCGGACCGCAACGAAUGGAAGAACUUCUUCUCCGCGAUCAAAGCUGUCUACGGUCCGCCGACGAAGGGCACUGCUCCUCUCCUCAGCGCCGACGGUAGCACUCUCCUGACUGAGAAGACGCAAAUCCUGCAGCGAUGGGCCGAGCACUUCCGAGGCGUCCUCAACCGCCCUUCCGUCAUCUCCGACGCCGCCAUCGCCCGCUUGCCGCAAGUGGCGACCAACGCGGACCUCGACCUCCCGCCAUCUCUCCAGGAAACGAUCAGGGCCGUGCAGCAGCUCUCCAGCGGGAAAGCACCUGGAUCGGACGCAAUCCCUGCUGAGGUCUACAAGCACGGAGGUCCCCUACUGAUGGAUCACCUGACUGCGCUCUUCCAGGAGAUGUGGCGUCAAGGUGAAGUCCCGCAAGAUUUCAAGGACGCAACUAUCGUGCACCUAUACAAGCGCAAAGGGAAUCGCCAAGUCUGCGACAACCACCGCGGCAUCUCCCUACUGAACAUCGCCGGGAAGAUCUUCGCUCGCAUCCUGCUCAACCGCCUCAACAACCAUCUGGAACAGGGCCUUCUGCCGGAAAGCCAAUGCGGCUUCCGUCGUCAUCGUGGGACCACGGAUAUGAUCUUUGCAGCCCGCCAACUUCAGGAGCAGUGCCAGGAGAUGCGGAUCCACCUGUACUCUACCUUCGUGGACCUGACGAAAGCCUUCGACACGGUGAAUCGUGAAGGAAUGUGGAAGAUCAUGCAGAAAUUCGGCUGUCCGUAG